CCCUGGUGAACACACACAGUAAUUUCCAUAUUUGGUUUUCCCUGGUAAUAAUUACCAAAGCCAUGGAAGAGAAGAAUACAGAGAGAGAGAGAGAGUCAUCUUUGGAGGGAAUAGAAGGAACGAAAUCUGAGAACAGGGUUUUUGAUGCGCCGAAAACUCCUCUCUCUGUCUAACCACAGCCACAAUUUCUCUCUCUCGCAAGCUUCUUGCUGAUUCAGGAGGAUGCUUGAUUUGAGCUACUCUCCGGGAGUUUUCACCAGAAGACUGUUAUUGUUUCAAUUUCCGAGGAGGAAAGGCAGUGCAGACUGUGCAGUGGUAUGCGCAGCAAAAGGUCCUCGACCGAGAUAUCCCCGUGUAUGGAAAACCAACAAGAAAAUUGGAACCAUCUCCAAGUCAGUGAAGCUUGUUGAGUGCAUAAAGGGAUUAUCUAAUGUCAAAGAGGAAGUAUAUGGGGCUCUUGAUUCUUUCAUUGCAUGGGAGCUAGAGUUCCCUCUCAUCACUGUGAAGAAAGCUUUAAAGACCCUCGAGAAUAUGAGAGAAUGGAAGAGGAUAAUUCAGGUGACAAAGUGGAUGUUGAGCAAAGGUCAAGGCAGAACAAUGGGGAGCUAUUAUGUGUUGCUGAAAGCUUUAGCUGAGGAGGGAAGACUUGAUGAAGCUGAAGAGCUUUGGCAGAAGUUGUUUUCAGAAAAUUUGGAGAGCACACCUCGUAUGUUCUACGAUAAAAUGACAUCUAUAUACUAUCGCAGGGGCAUGCAUGACAAGAUGUUUGAGGUAUUUGCAGACAUGGAAGAACUUGGCAUUCGACCUACCCCGUCAAUCGUUGAAAUGGUUGGAGAAACAUUUCAGAAGCUGGGUAUGAUUGACAAAUACAAAAAGUUGAAGCAUAAAUAUCCACCACCAAAAUGGGAAUAUCGGUACAUUAAAGGAAAGCGUGUUAAGAUCAAAGCAAGUCAGCUUAGAAAACGUGGUGAUGCUUCGGAUGGUUUACAUAAGUUGGAUGGGGGAACUGACAAGGAACCCAAUGGAUCGUAUGAAGAUGCUGAAGUAGUUUCAGAUGAAUUGGAAGAUGAAGUUGAUCCAUCUGAUGAUUCCGACCCAAGUUUGGAUGAACUUGGUGAAGCUGCCAACUCUUGUCCAGAAACAACUAUUUGACAUAGUUUGCUGUGAUUACUGUUAUUGUUUGGGAACAAAUUGUAAAACUCAGAACUAUAUUGUACUGCCUUCAUUCUGACCA